CUCUUCUUCCUCCUCCUCCACUGUGAAGGAAAAAAAAAACUGGCAUUUCCAUUGGCUCUUUAGCCAGCAGAGGAGGAGAAAGAACGGGGAACUGCUCGAAUUCCUCAAAGCUGCUCAAAUUUCCUUCAAGCCGCCGUCCAGCUUUCUUCCUCCACGACCGACGGACAUCCACUCGGUUCCACUUCGCGCCUCCAUCGAGGAAGCUUUUCGCUAAAAAGAUGUUACGGGGUGUUGCUGUGCUUUUUCUGCUAGCUCUGACGCUCGCUCACGCAGAGGAGCAGCAGAGCAAAAGCAAGGUGUGCGCCAACGUCUUCUGCGGGGCGGGCCGGGAAUGCGCCGUCAAUGAGAAGGGGGAGCCCAGCUGCCUCUGCAUUGAGAGCUGUAAGCCCCACAAGAGGUCAGUAUGUGGCAGCAAUGGGAAGACCUACAGGAACCACUGCGAGCUGCACAGAGACGCCUGUCUGAGUGGACUGAAGAUUCAAGUGGCUUAUGACGGACACUGCCAGGAGAAAAAGACUGACCAAGCGGCUGCCAGCCCUGUCGUAUGUUACGCCGCAGACCGCAACGAGCUGAGGAGUCGUGUCAUCCAGUGGCUGCAGACCGAGGUUGUCCCAGAUGGCUGGUUUGUGAAGGGCUCCAACUUCUCUGACAUCCUGCUCAAGUACUUUAAGUCAUAUGACAGCGGUGAUUCCAUGAUGGACUCCUCUGAGCUGCUCAAGUUCAUCCAACACAAUGAGUCUGUGGCCACCGAGAUGCAGUCCUAUGCUGACCAGGAGAGCAACAAACUUCUAAGGAGUCUGUGUGUUGAUGCUCUGAUUGAGCUGUCUGAUGAGAAUGCAGACUGGAAAUUGAGCUUUGAUGAGUUCCUCAACUGCUUGAAGCCUGGAUUCAAUCCACCAGAAAAGAAAUGUGCAUUGGAGGACGAGACUUACGAGGAUGGCGCAGAAACCCAAGUGGAGUGUAACCGAUGCGUGUGCGCAUGCGGCAACUGGGUUUGCACUGCUAUGACCUGCACCGACAAGACGGCUGCAGCAGAUGACUCAAUAGACGGAGGUGUAGAGAUGACAGAGGAGGAGUGGGACCUCCGUGUAGCCGAGCUCAACAAACACCAGGAAACAGUGGAAAAAAUGAAGGCAAGCACAAAGGAAGCCUAAAGGAGGACUUUUCCUAAGAGAGGAUGCAUACUACCACCCUUCGUCCAUACUUGACGUAUUUGACAGCCUGGCUGUAUUUCUGUCUUAUGUUUUAUCUGCUAUUUUAACUAUUAUUAUUGUUACACAUUUUAUACAGUGUUAAAGUGUUUUGUUGACGUUGUUUGUUUCAAGGGACUAUCUAACGAUUCCCUCACGUUCAGUACUGUCUUAUUUGAUUGUAAUAACUACUAUUGUACACUUUUUACUAUGUAUUUUUGCAGUUAAGGACAAAAACGGAUAAACAUAGCGUGGGGACGUCUGAAACCAAAGAGACGCUGAUUAUGUACACAAAAUUUCCAGGUAACAUUACUCUAGAGUAGGGCUGGUUGAUAUGGCCUAAAAGUAAAAUCUCAGAUUUUCUUUCACCAAAAAUUUGAUUUAAUUUUAUUUUAACUUUUUUUCCCUCCCCUUACUUGUUUUUUUAGAAGAGACAAUAAGAACAAAAGACACAAAUCUUAUCACGAGUUUUAACCUUAAUAGAGCACACAUUGGCGGCACUAGACAUCCAAUCCAUUAUGACUAGGAGGGGCAAAUGGAUCAUCCGCAGUAAAAUCCCUAAAAUUAACCGAUUUAUCACCCAGGCCUACUCUGGACCCAGCAACAAUGCUUUACCUUUGAAAAUCACUCUUUACAGUGGGAUUGUGUGUGUUUGAGAGAUUGUGUUCUGUUUAGUACUUAUGUGUUGAUUUGUUUAACCCCUUGAUGCUUGAUAAUUUACCGCAUUUACUGCCAGCCAUUGAGUUCGAAACGUCAAAAAGCAUUGGGGGAAUAUGUAAGUACAUAAAAUAAUAAUAAAAUAAUUGAAAAUAACUUGAAAAAUAUCAACUAAUAAUGGGAAAAUCCUAAAUUAAAACAAACAUAAAAAGAUUAUUAAAAAAUACAUCUUUUGAAAAUACUGUAUACCAUUUGAAAAUAAAUAGGAAAAUAUUUGGGGAGAAUUAUAAGAAAUAGAAAAUUGGAAAUUAUUCCUAAAUUCCCCCUUUUUAUUUUUGGAAUUUAUCGUAUUUAUUUUUGUUGUUGUUGUUUUAAUUUUUUUUUUUUAAAUAUAUAGCAUAUUUGAAUUGUCUUUUUUUUUUUUUUUUUUAAAUAGUAUUUCCAAAUGCUUUAUGUACGUUCAGGCAUCAAGGGGUUAAAUUCUGUCUAAAUUGGGAGGGUAAAAAAAAAACAGUGCCUUAGACUUGCAAACAGUAUUUGCCUGCACAAUGGAUAUUUUUUCCGUGCAAUGACAGCGGUUUUGGUAACAGUGGGUUGCUGGUAAAGUGGCGAUGGUGAUUCAGACUGAUAAAUGGCCACUAAAAGCGACUAAGGAAUGUGGAUGGAAGACAAUAAAUCUUUUUACACCACCAAA